AUGUCGUCACGCAUAUUAUCAGGUAUCUUAGGCGUUGGAGUGGACAUCGUCCAGAUAUCACGCAUCCAAGCCGUUGCCAUGCGGCGGGGCUACGAUAGAUUGGCCAAUCGCAUCUUGAGUGAGACCGAGAAGAACGAUUGGAAUUCACUGACCGACACCUAUCUCAGAAACCGUUUUCUUGCCGUCAGAUGGGCAGUCAAAGAAGCUGCGUACAAGGCGUUGUACCCAGCCUUCCGUCCAAGCUGGGGAUAUCUCACCUUCCGAUCUCUAUAUGGCGCACAUUCGAAGCCCUCUUUAGUAUUCACGGACCGAAACGCAAAUCCACCAAUCCUCGCACCGGUAAAAUUGCAUGCAAGUGUAUCGCAUGAUGCUGGUUUUGUUGUUGCCUACGUUCUGGCCGAGAGUGACUCCAAGCUUUAG